UAAGCGACUGCUGCGAAUGUAUCCAGCAUUGUGCAAUCAUGUACAGUUGCAGGCACCUUGUGUUGGCGUUUUCCGUGGGAGUUAUGACUGUGUCUACGGCCUUGAUAGCGAUUCUCUGCAGAGCACGCCUGCCUCCCGGAGUCGGCUACACUCGCUUGAUGCUGAUACUGGUGGGCCUUCUUAUCGUUGCAGCACCCCUCGUUGCUGGUGACGACGACGGACCGCCUCCGCGGAAAGCCCCUCGAUUGGUGGGCAACGACGAUGACCCCCGGCCCGAUCCCCACCCCGAGGUCCAGGACUCCCCAUUGUCGCCUGACCCUGAUGACAGUGUGGAGGAGUAUGACUCGGAUGCCACCGUGGAGAACCUGAUACCCGGUUCUCCUGACCCGUGGGCUUUUGGACCGAGGCCAAGGCAGAGGCCUCUCAAUGACACAGCGGUUGAGGACCUUCUGCUGGGACCCUGGGAAGUGUUGGAGGCUGCCAUCACGGGCUCCCUCUCCAGACGAUGCCGCUUCCUCAGCCGCGGCGACUUCCGAGGAUAA